AUGGCGACUUCUCAGCCUCCCAUCCGCUUCACGACGCAAAAGAAUUUCACUUAUCGCCUUGUGCUCGCGACACUGACCGGGCGCCCGGUACAUAUCUCGCAGAUCCGACCUUCCUCGCCGUCGAACCCCGGUCUUGCACCUCAUGAAGUCUCUUUCUUGCGUCUUCUCGAAGCUGUCACCAAUGGCUCUCAAAUGGAGAUCUCGUACACUGGUACAAUUCUCGUGUACAAGCCGGGCUUGAUCACAGGAAGCGCUGCGGGCCUCGGUGCGAGAGGUGGGGUAAUCAAACAUGAGAUCCCAGGAAACUGCACUCGCGGAGUGAGCUACUUCUUGCUGCCGCUUUGCCUCUUGGCUCCGUUCUCGAAAGCUCCUGUGAAUGUCCUCUUCACGGGGCCUGGCGUGAUUACGUCGGCGACGCCAACCGGAGACAUGUCAGUGGACAGCGUCCGGACCGCUAUCCUCCCUCUUUACAACCAAUUCGGUAUUUUUAAUAACAUAGAGCUUCGUAUUCUACGGAGAUCGAAUCCCGGCCCGAAUGGAAAAGGCGGUGGAGGCGAGGUUCAACUGGUGUUUGGACACCAGGUCCGUCUCCCUAAGACUUUGCACUUGCUGAACCCGGGACGGAUUAAGAGAAUCCGUGGUGUCGCUUACUCGACUGGUGUGUCCGGAUCCAACAACGCUCGGAUGAUUGAUACGGCCAGAGGAAUACUCAAUCCCCUGGUUCCAGACACCUAUGUGUUUUCUGAUGUGUCUUCCGCUCCACUUAUCCCCGCUCCCGAAAAGAACAACCCUGCAGCGAAGAAGAAGAUUGGCGUUGGAUUUGGCUUGUCUCUCGUGGCCGAGUCCUCCACUGGUUGUUUGUUUUCUGCUGAUGUGGCCUCGCCACCCUCAGGUGGCGUGCCGCCUGAGGACAUUGGGAAACGAUGUGCCUACCAACUGCUCGAGACCAUAUCAAAAGGGGGCUGUGUGGCUCCGGCAGCAGCUCCGACGAUGCUUACGCUCAUGGCCAUGGGCUCGGAAGAUGUUGGCCGACUCCAGGUCGGCAGGGAGGUCAUUGCAGACGAAGGUCUCAUCCAACUGGCCAGAGAUCUGACCAAGUUUGGUGCACCCGGCUGGGGUAUAAGAGAUGCAGCAGGGGAGAACGUUGAUGGGGAUGUCAUAUUCUCAGUUGGCUUCACUCCUGAUUCUCAUCAGUUGCGCGACAGUGAUCAGCGAGUGCAUGCCGCACGCCUGACCAGCGGCUCGCAGGGCCAGUCUGCUCUCGUGUAUCCAUGUAAAGGAUCCAAUGAGCGUUCUGAUACCAUCUGCUAUGCUCAACGCAGCGUGACUCUUCGAGUCUCAGCCCGCAACAUUCAGUUACAUGCUUGA